UAUAAAAGUAGUAUACAUUUAGGUAUAACUAUUAUAUUUUUAUUUAAAUAUGAGUUACUAUUGGGCUGUUGGUUGUAAUCAUCACAACCAAAGAGAGACUUGUACAUUUUUUACUUUUCCUAAAGAUCCUAAAUCUCGUAACAGGUGGAUUAAAUUACUUAGGCGAAGUGUUCAACCUGGUCGUGGAUGUGUUGUAUGUAGUUGUCAUUUUAAAAAUGGACUUCGUUUUAAUGGCCCAGAGUUGCUAGAGCAUCUGAAAAAAAAUGUCACAUAUAACUUUGCAUCGCCUGAGAAAAGGCAAAGAAAUCAAAAAAAAGCAGCUGAAUCAAUGGCUACAAAUAUGGCAUCAAAUGAGAUGAUUUUUUUGCAACAAAAUGCACUAAAGUUGGAAAAAGAUAUCAAAUCUAAAGUGAAUGAUGGUUCAAAAAUUAAAAUAUUGGAGAACAUGGAUCUAAACUUAAACUAAAAAAUUUGUUUCUGUUCAAACUUCACCAUCAACUCCAAGUGCAAUAGUAUUAGAAGCUGAAAAUUAUUUUCUAAAGCAAGAAAAUGAAAAAUAAAAAAGUAAAAUAUAUAAACUGUCAGUUGUAUUUUCAUAUGAAACUAUAUGUAAC